UCUGUUUACACCGCAACGUGGGGUGCAGUGACAGAAGUAUCAUGGUAGGACAGUGAAAUAUAUUGUUCGUUGGUAAUAUCUGCUAUUAAAAUGGAUAGAAAACGUCGCAGUGAAGAUUCGGCGGAGUCUGAAACUCCAAAGAAGAAAGAAAAAGUUCCGGAGUUCAACGGGACUGUGUUUAAAGCCAUGUUAAAGGAGCCGACUACCGCUAUGAAGGGGCUGGGGAAGUUCAUAUGCACCGCUAAGAAGCUGCCCUGCCCUGACCUGUACGAUGUGGUUGAAGGUUAUAUUAAAAUCUCAAUGGAGUGUGCCGAAAUAUUCAAACUGCUAGACAGGGAAAACUCCAAAGAGAAUGAGAUGAUGCUGAUUUUUGAGAGUCUGGAGAUGAUUCUUCUGAGGACAGCCAGUGACCUGUCCCACUUCAGCAUGGUUGGUAACGCUAUUGUCAAAAAGAUUGCCUCCAACUAUAUGAAACUUCUGCAGGGAUCUUUACAUUCAGAAAACCCCAGGUUUGUCAGACAGUGCCUCAGCCUCCUCUCCGCCUUGGUGUCUCAGGGUCCUGAAGCUGCCAGAGAGGUCCUGAGUCAGAUUCACAUCAACCGAGGGCUAUCUGGACUGGCAAAAAGAAGGGAUAAGAAAGGAAAGCCAGAUGUCCGCAUGGGGUUUAUCCAAUUUGUGCUGUCCUUUUUGGUGUCCGGGGAUAAUGCAACAGUUGUGCAGGUGUUGGAAAUCAAAGAGCUGCUGCCGGUAAUCCUGAGUACAGGUGUGAAGGAGGACAGGAUGUCUAUUGUCAAUCUCAUUUUGUCCACACUGAAGAGUAGAGUUGUCCUAAACAAAGCCAUAACUAAAACGCAGAAAGUGCGAUUUUUCACACCUGUGGUUUUGGCCAACAUAGCAUCUCUGUAUAAGUGGAAUGGAAUUGUGGAUGUUACCACUAAUGAAAACAAUAUGGCAGCAGACUCUGAGCAUGCUGGGAUAUCUGUCAUAAGGGAGCUUGUUCACAGUUUCCUUCUUGACCUGUGCUGCUCCCGUAAGCAUGGGAUCAGCUUUCAUGAUGCAAGCUUUGGGACAGCUGGCAGGGUUGGAAACAUUGUCUUGCUUCAGUUCUUGGUGGGGCUGAAACGGGCCACAGAGGACGAUUUGGUGGCAGAGCUGGUGGCGAAUGUGUUUAAAGGGAGUCCUGACAUUCUGGCCAGGUACUUUCAGGAAACUCAGUAUUCAUACACACCCCGUCCCAAGAGUGCUUGGCAGGACAGUGUGAAGCUACUGAAAAAGAUCUACGAGGCCCAGCCAGAGAUUGCCACAGUCUUUCAAACUCGUGAGGUCAUCCCCAUCCCUCGCCUUCUCUCCAUGAUCAUGGUGAUAUCUGUACCUCCAGUCUGUAAUAAGACCUUCUUCAUACAGGGCCUCAGUCUUGCCAAUACACCAGUGCAGCUCACAACUCUGUCUGUAGUGAAGUUCAUCCUGAAAAGAGCCAAUAAAAAUAUAGAGUACCUCCUGGACAAGUCAGAGGGGCACAGCUCAGAUGUUUACACUCCUGACAUGAUGGAGGAGUUGGUGCAGCAGUACAGGGAGACACUCGGCAAGAUUUUGCCUGAUCUGCUGGGCAUAGUCUCAAAGUGGCAGUCAAUAAGCAAGAAGGAAAAGACGGAGGGUGGAGAUAAAACUACAAAAAUUAAAGGCGGUGCUGAACAGAAAGAGGAUAAAGAUGAAGUACCAGUUGCUGAGACAGCUGAGGUGAUCCUGCAGAAGGCUGUGAUUCUUCAGGUCAUAUGUCUUUACCAGAAAGUCGUGCCUCAUCUGGUCAGCCAGUGCAAGUUUGACUUCAGCAAACUCUUGAAAGGGUUUGUGUCAGACAAAGGAAUAAGGGAAGAAGUUCCCCCAGUUUUGCAGUUUCAGAUUCUGCAGUUAGCAUUAGAUCUGCCUGCUAGCAAGUUCUCCUGGUUUCGCCUACAGGAUGUUCCAGAUGCAGAAUCAUCAUCUGGAGAGAAAUCAGUACUUUACCUGCUUCUAAAGAUGUUUGCCAGCAGCAGCAGCAGCCAUCUGAAAAACUCAACGAGAAUGCUGCUUAUGAAAGUGCUAAAGGACAGUGGGGUGUUUGAGUACACCUACACUGAGCUUGAGCUCUGGAUCGACCAGCUCACCAGAGUAGAGCAACAACAACAAGAGACUGUGAUCCAGUUCCUAGAGAGGGUGUUUGUGAAACUGGUGUGCCAUUCUCACACAUACACUGACAAGGUUGCCAGUCUGGUGCAGGAGGCAGCUUAUGUUCAGGCUAACCUGAGCAGCCAGGAGGGUGAUGCUGUCAGUAUCCCAGUAUCACACAUUGACGAUGUGCUAGAUAUGCUGGAUGUCAUAAUGGAGGGCAAUGAAGGCGAGAUGGAGCAAUUUGGACCAGACUUAAGUGAAGACCUCAUUAUCCAAACCUUCCCCUUCAGUGCAGUUGUGCCUGCAGCUCUGGAAACUCGGAACAAAUUGACUUCAGACAAAGGGGUGGUAUGUGAGUACUUGUCUGCUGUGCUCUCAGAUGUCCUCCACUGUCAGAGGGAGCCGCUCCCUUUCUGUCUGGCUCUGCAGCAGUACGAUAAAGAGCUAAUUACAUUAGAACCCUCUUCUCCUCCUCAUCACUCCAUCAUACAUCUUCAUCAGUAUUACUCUAAAUGGCUUCCGCAGCAGUGCCAGGAGGAUCUGUUCAAGCCCUUUGAAAGCCAUCGACCAGGACUAUUGACCCCCACUUCAUUCACUGAGCUCAUGAAAGCUGCAUAUAGCCAAGGACUGAGCCCUUUGCUUGAGGACGCCUUCAUGAAAAAUGUGGAAGAAACUCUGGCUUCCAUGCUGUUGGCGGAGUUUCCUGUAGCAAUCAAGCAGAUCUUACUCUACAUUAAAACAACAGUGGAAAACCUUGGCACACUUUCCAAAGACACAGGAGUCACCCUUCUGAAGACCUUAAUGGGAAUACUCCAGGACUUGGUAUCCAAGCUACAAGGCUUCCAGGAGACCAAAAACAGUGAAACAGCAGGCGAGGACUUUCAAGAAGAAUCAAAUCUCUUCUUGGAGUUUGAUCAGUCAUCCAUGAUGGAGGCCAAUAAAGAGCAGGUUCUUCUGUCUGCACUGAGCUCCAUCUUCAAGCAUCCAUGUUUGGAGCAGUGGUUUCUGGCUCUGGAGCUGGCUGCUCUGCCUUCUCACACUCUGAACCCUGUCAGACUAAAACAUCUUUGUGCACAGCUGAAUGAUGACAUUUUGACUUUGCUGAAGACCAGCACCCCAGCGCUGUGUGAUCUGGGCCACUUGGAUCUUGUUGGUACCUACAUGGAGGCAAUAGAAAAAGCUGUGCUCAAGGAGCUCAUGGAGAAGGGAUCAGAUGCUGUGAAGAAACAGUCAAGACCUUUCCAGGCCCUUGUGUCUCUGCACAGCUACAUGGACUCCUGUAAACUAAGGGAAGUGGUUUCCAAGCUGCUUCUCCUCCCCCAGGAAAGGCUGAUCUCCUCCAGCAGUGAGGGCACACAAGCUAAACUUAGCUUCUAUGGUAAUGUAGCCGUGCAGAUCCUUACAGAGUCCAAAGCUAACUCUUCUCAAGACGGAAGCCUCUUUCUGUCUCAGGCACAUCUUCAGGGGUUGGGAACACUGCUACUGUCUUGCUCCAGUCCUGUCCUGAAGGAUUUUCUGAUGCAGACUCUGUUAGAUGAACCAGGUUGUGCUAAGCUCAUCCACACAGACGUGCUGUUGCAUAGUCUUCAGAAGCCUUGUCCAGACAAUUUGGCCAUCAGCUCUUUGCUGCUGCAGAACAGCUCCACACACUGCCUCUGCUUUGAGGUUUGGUGCCAAGAACCAGCAAGCAUGGAGAAGCUCUCUGACCAGACAGAAACAUUCCUCCCACUAAUCAAUACCUAUCUGAAGGUUGCAGGUCGAGAAGAUCCCACCAGGGACAGUGACAUGCAAAAAGAGGUUUUGGCAACCCUAAAGCAAGCACUACUCCCAAAAUUAUCCCAAUGGGUUUUGGGAGUGCUGACAGAGGACUCUGGAGUCCAGAUAACAGAAGCACUCACCAGUUUGAUCAAACAAUCUGCAAACUUCAAAGACAUCAGAGACUUCAUCAAAAAUCUGCCCACUGCUCUUCAGAAAGUGCAAAGUUUUGAAAGAUGGCAACUGGUGGAUGUCAUCACUGAGAAACUGUCUGAUAGCCUAGAAGAAAAAGAAACAUGGAGGAAGUCUGUCACCAGUGCAGCCAUCAAGUGUCUCAGCGCAGCUUACAGUCACUCUAAAGAUCAAACUUCUUCUCUGUCAGAUAAAGAGCACAGCAUCCUUGAAAGACUACAGAGACUCCUAACUUCUGCUGAAGAUAUCACUGCAUCUGAAUGGAACAGCUUUAUCAAGAAUGGACUUAAAUAUCGCUACAGAGAUCCCCACUUUCUGAACACAGUUAGAAGCCUAUUAGAAAUGAUGUACAGUGGCAGUGAGGUCCAGAAGGAUCUGAUACCAUUAUCCACCCUUCACAUGAUGACCAGCAGCCACUCCCUGUUUCUGCCCACCAUGUUGGACCCUGAUGGAGAGCAAAACAUGUGUCAGACUAAAGAAGCACUAGUGUCUCUACUUCUGUGUUUGGUGAAAAAUUGCCCAACAGUCUGUAACAUCAACCACUUCGUGGUACUUCUUGGGGCAUAUGGAGUGACACUGAGUACCACAGAUCAGAAGCUCUUACUGCUUCUUCAAGAAUAUGAAAAAAACAACGUCAGUCUGAUGAAGUUUCAGUCCUUCUUGUGGGGCCCAGCGGCUGUCGAGCACCACAAGACCAGGAAAAGCCUGGGGGCUUCCCUGUGGAAGCAAGCGAGCUCAGACGACCUUUUGGCCCUGCUGAAACCUGACAGGAUGCUCCAGACUAUUGCACACUUUCCCCAACAACGCAGGAUCAUUCUGCAGGAUGAAAAGGAGCUGCUGUUCUCAAACAGCACAAUAAAGGACCUUGGGGCUUUGUAUGAUCCCUGUUUUCUUUUACCUCUAUUCAGCACCAUCUUACAGCCAGAGUGUGUGAUUGACUGCCUGAGGUUUGUAUCCAGCCAUGCCCUAGGAGUGACUGUAAUGUCUCUCAGUAGCUACGACCCAAAACUUAGAGCAGCUGCAUAUCAUGUGCUUAGCUGUUUUUACCAACAUCUGGAGGGGGCUCGCUUUAGAGAGAAGAACCAGUUGCUGUACUUGAUGGAUACGGUGAAGAAUGGGAUUCGACAGCAGAAUCAAAGACUGCCAUUUGUCUUGACCUCUUACAUCACCAAAGUGGCUCAGCAGAUGCUCAAACCUGAGGACCACAUGUAUGUGGUGGUAAACAGGUUCCUGCUGUCCCAUCAGAGUCUGGACUUCAGGAGAGUCCCUGAGUUCUUCAAGCUCUUCUAUGGCUUUGACCUGGAGCACAAAAAGGAACGAGAGUGGAUCUUGAGUGUGCUGGAGGAAGGGAUAAGUGAUGGGCACUGCUAUGAACUUUGUGACCAACAAGGCAUCUUUCAGACCCUUCUAGGCUUCAGCAGCACCCCGCUGUGUGAUGAACACACCCAGGUACAGAUUAUCAGAGUGUUGUGCCAGGCAGCCCGUGGGACCAAAGCAGCUUAUAACCUCACCAAGAGUUGUGGCCUCCUGACAUGGAUGAUACAGAUGGUUGAGAAAAGAAAUCUACACCAGCAGCUGUUAGGCGCCAUCAUAGAUCUGCUCCAUGUGCUCUGGUUUACUAACCUUGGGCAGAAAGAGAAGCAGGUAGAUGGAGCAGAGACUUCUUCAUCUUCAGAGGAGAAACCUCAGCGCUCAGCAAAGUGUCUCCCACUUCAACUCAUCAAUGAAUUCCUAUGUGUGGCAUUAACUGUCAGCAGACACCUCAGGUUACAUGUGAAAGUGGCUCAGCUGAGCCUGUUUCUGCAGACUCUGUGCUCUAUACUAAAGCAUCGCAGGACAGCCCUCAGUGUAAACAAACAGGCUGACCGACUCACACUACACCAACGGCUUCUAUCCUGUACUGAAGCACUCACUUUGCUUCUCUGCUGGGCCUCCCUGUCCCACAACAAAGCCCUCCUAACCCAAAUCCAAGCCUUGUCUGAGAAGCACAAAGUGAAGGAGUUGCUGGGGAUCGGGAAGGAUAAAGCCCAUGGUAAAGGCUCCGUUUCCAAGACCCGCACUCAACAGGAGAAUCUGACUGAGGAUGCUGAGACUGAAAAACAAGAAGAUAAUCUCCUGACAGAGUGUAAAUCUUACCUCAGCAGUAUUUUUGUUCACUGGGAACCUGUGUUUCCCUCUUCUGAACCCCAGCCAGCUGAGUCAAGAGACAAACUGGGUUUGGACGGUGAUACUGCACACCUGCUCACCAAGUGGUCCCUGAGGUGCUUGGUGGAGGACGUGUAUGAUGAAAACAGAACAAAAGAAUUCCUGCGCUGGGUUGAAAAGGUUGUGGUGAAGCAUAAGGAAGUCGUUGAUGCUGUGUUAAGGGAUCCUGGUUUGAAAGCAGACCUUCUUCGACUUUACCAUAAAGCCUUUGAAGCUCAGUGUUUCUCCAGCAUUUCAACAAGAAUGGAAACCUUCCAGCUUUUUACAAACAUUAUGGUGCACUUUCUGGAGAACCAAGGCCACCUUUCAGAGCUGCACCAGGUAGUCGUCUCUGCAUGCCUGACAGAGGCCAAACAUGAUCAGCGUAGACGUGAAUCCGGCCUGUGCCUGUUGUCCUUGUACAUCCAUGAGUUGUGGAGUGGAGCCUCAUCAGCUGACCUCUUCCUGACGCAUGUCAGUUUGGUGACCAAAGCCAAGUGCAAGAAACGGGAAGCAUCCAAAUCAUCAGUUCCUCUAACAGCCAUCAGGGCCAUCUGUGAAGACAUUGCCAUGAAGAGUUAGUUGGAUCCUGUAAAGACCACAGUCUUCUUUUGACUAACUAUAAGAAAACCUUAUUGUCAUUCAUUUUACAGCUCCAUUUGUUUCUUGUAAAAAGACUGAAGAUAUUUUGUUAAACCUUUUAUAAAUGGUUGAUUUACACACUGUCACAAAUUCGAGUUUUUUUCUUAAACAUUUAUUUCCUGUUGGAACUAAAUGACAAUAGUUAAUUUGAACAGAGGGUUGUAUAG